AUGCGCAGCAAGUGUAUUCAUGACAAAGCACCUCCGUGCAAGUCGUGUAUAGAGGCGAAUGUGCCUGAGGAAUGCGUCUUUCCUACUCGUGGAGACUCGGACCAAGAUCGGCAGUUUCGACAUCCGCGUCAGAGAGCCGAUAGGAAAGCUAGAAGUGAUUCCAAAGUCAAGAAUGAGUUACCUGUUUCCCCCGGCCUCCCACGCAAUGCUCUUGCAGACUAUAAGCCCCCCAAGCCUGACAAUGAGUGGGAAUUCCUCCCAGGAGUCGAUACCGUCGUGGACGGCAUCAAUACCUUUACUAGGAAUUACUUCCAACUAGGUUUCAUUCCAAAGAAGAUGUUUCCUAAACUUGUCAAGGAAAACCCUUCAUCUAUCAGCGUAUUUCUACUACUAAGCAUUCUCGCCAUUUCAGCUAGGUUUAAUAAGACCAUAAUAGAAACCUACGGCGACGGACUCACAGCGGUAACCGAAUUUAUGCACAAAGCACAGUGCUUGGCUAUCCACGAGCUCUACAAGCAGCCCACCCUCGAAAGAUGCCAGGCUUUCUAUGUGCUAAGCAUCGCCGAGCAAGGAAGCGGGAAAUCAAAUACAAGCUAUAUCAGUGCAGGCAUCGCCUUCAGGAUGGCUGCCCUGAUGCGACUCCACCGAGAGGAGGCAUAUAGUCCCAUCACAGAACAAUCGCCUCUAGCGCACCGGGUUCGGGCAGAGUCCGCCAGACGCACGUUCCCAGGCCAAGACAACCUUCAUUCCGGCCCAUACAAGCCGUUAUCCCUCGCACCCGGCGACAUUACGGCUCUUCUGCCCGGCGACGAAGUAGAAUUCGACACCGGUAAGAUCCCCGAGCGGCGCGCAGCUCUUGACGGCACGCCACCCGCCCUCCAAGACCCGAGCCUUACCACACUUCAGCCAAGGUCCCUAUUUGCAUCCUUGAUGCAGGUCCAUAACUUAUGGGGAAUUAUCGCCCGACGACUUCUUUUUAACAGAAAAUGUGGGCGUCCCAACGAUUCCUCCAGCGAAUACUCCAUGUUGAAUCGAAAACUUCUGGAUUUUGAACAGAAUCUUCCGAAUGAACACACCUUUAACAAAGUUACAUUGAGCGGCUACAGGAACUACGCAGAAGAUCUGGCGUAUCUUGGCAUGACUGGCUGUCUCCGACUUUGCCAUAUUGUUCUCCGUAAAGAAUACAUGGAAGACAUGAUUCGGCAUGCUCAAGGAAACCCUUCUCAUUCCGAUGUUAAGUUCUACAAGAGCAUGGCGCAAGAACUAUUCUUCAAUGUCAGAAAACUGUACUCGCAGAUCGAGGCUCAUUACGAAUCGGGAGUUGAAGUAGGGAGAGUUGGUUCCCAAAUGGCUGGCUUUAUUAUCUACGGUUGUGGAUUGUUGGCAUCUUAUCUGUGCAAAUUCCCCCAAUUGGAUGUCCAUCACGCAGGGCAAAGUAUUAAUACUAUACAAACGGAAGGCCGAAAUAUGUAUACUCAUAUCGUGGCUAUCCUAAGGGAGUGCCAAAAAGCAUGGCCUCUUGCCGAGACUUGGUGUAACGGCUUGGAGAAAUGGUACCAGGAUCCAAAUCCCAAGAAGAUAUCGUUCCAGGCUGGCACCAUGACCGAUGGGAAAGAGCCUCAGCCUUAUGCCCUUACUAUUAUGCACCCCCGAACAACCACGAGCUAUGUUCAGUCUGAAGCCGUCCAGCUUGGCCGGAUACGCUCUACACCACCAACACCAUAUGCGGACGAACGAGAGCAGCUUGCAGUAAGGGAAGAUCCAGAGCCCCAGCGACUCGCACCGUUACAGCAGACACAGCCUGGCUUCGCUCAGACUGUUUAUCUCCCGCCUUUAUCACAGACGCCAUAUCACCAACAAUCAUCGUCGCCGCAACCGCCUCACCCGCCUCAGCAGCAGAACUAUCCACAGCAGGUCUAUUCAAGUUCGGGACUCGACAUGCUAGCCGAAGCAUCCCAUCAUAUGCCUAUGCCAACGCCUACGACAAUGGAUCCGUAUCAACACCAACCCGCUGAAUAUUAUGCCGAAUAUCCACCCGCCACAGUGCUUAAUGAUGGUUUCGACAGUAACUUACAGAUGCUUGUCGAUGGUGCUGGUGGACAGUGGCCUCCAGUGGAUCCCGCCGGCCUGGUGUAUACUGCGUACGAUAUUCCUAGUUAUCUUCCCCAGCCUUGA